CUUCCCGAGCAUGGUUGUUUUUGCAGAAAAUGGCGUCAUCGCCCUCUUGUUUCUGCCUGGCCGCGGUGGGGAGAGGAAUAGUUUCAGAGAGUUGUAGCAGCCUUUACAUGUAGCGUUUACCUCCUCAAAGAUGAAUUCGCCUACUACAAUGUGUUUUAUUCAAUAGUAAAUCGCCAAAACACGAGAUAGUUCGUGAUUUCGCUCGGUAGAAGGACGCGCAAAGAUGGAAGGGUCACCGGUCCUGUGCGCCAAGCUGCUUCUUGGAAAAGGUGGCACGGAGCCGCAAAACGCAGCGUUUUACAUUAAUAAUAAUGCCAUUCCGACCGGCUCUAGGCUAAUCCAGAUGACCGAGGGUGGUUUAAUGUUAUUACCCGAGUGGUGAUGGACGUAUUUAUGGGAGGACUGCACCUUGUCUUUGUGUGUAUUUUAUUCGGGUUAGCUCGUUUUUACGCCGCACUCCCCUGCCAUGCUGCAAUCGUUAUGAGGGGCCUCUCUUUUACGGCUUGAAAGGUGCAUUUUGUACUUGGCUUUUCCUUUGAUCAAGUCAAGCUGCCCCUUUGUUGCUCAAUAGUGGCGUUUUGGGCUGACAAUAUAACCGUGUAAAAAGAGAUUUUCGGGGGAUAAUGGGGGCGAUGCAAAUCGUGCCAUGAGAACGGCGACUGCCCUGCGCUCUGGUUCGCUACUUGCCAGACGAGGACAGCCUGAAUGAGAUAAAAAUAAAAGUAUUUUGGACGAAUCACAUAGUUUGCACAAAACUGGGGAAGUCCGGCGCUGCGCAAUGAUUGUGUUGUUGCUUUGCGCAGAGCACAGUGGCAGCUGCUGUAACCGCCGCCACCAUUUCGCCGCGAUAUUUUUUGUGUGUGUUGGCCAACCUUUUGUAAAUAGUUGGGGACUCUUGGAUAAAAGAGCACAAUAGUAUUCAUGCGGGCCCUUUAUGGCCUGUGAAUGCGGUCCUAAGUCCCACUCCGGCUGUCCUGUCUUUCCCCGUCAGCUACGUGCAUGCGUCCUAGCACUGGCCACCACACAUCCACCAUAGCGAGGCCACACGGUUCCUUGUGUAUACGCUCUGCUUGGUUCCUCCUGUGACCAAAAAGUCGAGGACUGAUCGUGUGCUGAGUGUUAUGGUACAGGCCAUUACGAUCAACUCGAAACAACGGCAAAACAUCAGCCAUGGAGACUGCACAUCGUUCGUUCCGUGCACAUUUUUAUUAAGUUUCCUGAGUUAUGCAACCGCAUCCCCGUAGAGCGAACUGCUCAUCCGCCUUUAUUUACUUGUCACUACCAUCGGAUGGAUAUUUCUGUGUGUAAUAUCUGGUAAAUUGGACCAGUCCCUGCGGCGACGACACUGAUUGAGGAAGAUAUGUCAUUUGCAAAUCACCCAGUGCCAUUUGCGUCACAGCCCGCGGCCUCGCACGCCCAUGGGGGGCGAUGGAGUUGCAAAUGGAGACUGUGUGUGUGUGCUGACGCUGCCCCAGCUGAAAGGGAACCAAUAGACACGGACCCGGUCGGCUACAAUCGCCGUGCGCUUCCACUCUCCAGUAGUGCACCGACUUGGGAUUCUGUAUCAACACGGAAGAUCGCGCAGUUUAUUCGGGAUGGUUAGGUUUCCUUCGCCCUGCCUGGGAUGCGUUACAGGUGUUUGCUGGUAGUGAACGUGUGGUGCAGCAGGCCAGUCUUGGCAGCAUGGUGAAGGCCCAGAAGUCAACUGGGAGGAAGAGCUCUCACUGUCACCGCAGACAGAGUGGUGGUCAGGCAGAGAUGGAGGAAGGCCAGCAGUCAGACACCCAGCAUCCUCCACAGGAGCAGCCCCAAGAAGGAGACCAGUUGUCUGAUCAAGCCCAACUCCAGACCAAUGCUUCACUUGAGGCGCUGUUGGAGAACUUGGACCAGGAGGAACCUCCAGUGGACGGCCAGGAAAAGGGUGACUCUGCUGCCCAGCUCCAGGCCAAGCCUCUGUGGAAGCCCAUUCCCCCUCUGCUGCCUGAGCCUGGGCACCACAGGAGCAGUACCACUGAGGUCAGGGACCAGAGCUGCCAGACUGAGGAACGGCUUCAGCAGACCAGCGCCAGCAGCCAUGGUCAUAACACAGGUCUCUGUGUGGAGCCUGGAGAUCCUCCUCUGCUCCAGCAGCCUCUGCAGACCUCCAAGUCUGGGAUUCAGCAGAUAAUUGAAUGCUUCCGUUCAGGCACCAGCCAGCUGAAGCACAUGCUGCUGAGGGAGGUGGACACCAUCUUCGAGUGCAAACUGUGUCGCAGUCUGUUCAGAGGCCUUCCCAACCUCAUCACACAUAAAGAGUAUUACUGCCUAUCACGGCUGCCUGAACCCGACGGUCCAUCGGGUGAUGACAGACAAAGUGUAGCCAUGAAGGAUUUAUUGGACGCCAUAUACCCCAGAGUCAACCGGCCAGACUAUGUUGUCCGACUGGAGCCCAUUCAGACCACUACCAAGGCUGUGUUCCAGUACCUCACCACAGAGGAGGAGUUGGCUAGAUAUCCAUCGCACACAGCCAGUGCCAGAGAGAGCCCGGUAGCGUGGGAAGGAGAACCAGUGGAGGGUGUGGACAACAACCAGCCGAGCCAGCCUGGAGGGCCAGAUAGCCACAGCAGCCCGGGACACAAUCAGGGACAGAGGAGAUGGGAGGCUGAGGAGGAGGCUAAAGAAGAGCAGCCACAGCAUGAAGAUGAGGGGUCCACUAGUGGGGUUGAGGAUGUAACAAUCUCCUGUUGUCUAUGCGGUCAGGACUUUAACUCACGCCGCAGCAUCAGGCGUCACUGCCGCAAAAUGCACCAGACCAAACUGGAAGAGCUCCGAAAGUUCACAGAGACACGUACAGUUCCCACAAGCCUGCUCUCUAUGGUGAAAGGUCGGCCAAGGACUCUCAGCACACCUACUGGAAAAUCCUGCCCCGUGUGCCUCAAAACCUUUGCAACUAAAGCCAACGUACGCCGUCAUUUUGACGAGGUGCAUCGCGGUCUACGGAGGGACACCAUCACACCCAGCAUCGCCUCGCGGCCUGGCCAGUCCUUCUCUCUAGAAGUCACCCCCCCCAGGAAGAACAACAAUGCCUCUCCAACACGUGGCAGCAACUCCAAGUCCACCCCUGUGAACUCUAAAACAACGCCUUCAAACCAAAACCAGUCCAAACCUCAGAGUCAGCUCCCAGCCUCUCCACAAGCGGCCCCGGCCUCAUGUCGCUGCACGCUCUGCAAGAGGAACUACAGCUCUCAGCUCAUGUUGAAGAGACACAUGCGUAUUGUCCACAAAAUAUACAGCAUCAAAAGUAACAGGCCUACUACCACGUCAACCUCCUCUACUACGGCAGCCACUCCAAGUAGCAGCGCUAACUUAGGCCCAAGCAACAAUAUCCGAGUGAAAGAGGAAGCAAUAGAACCUUCAGAUGAAGAAGAGGAGGAGGACGAGGACAUUGACAGUAGUCCGGCCCCGUCUCCUAGUGACAGCACUGGGACAGCUAAAGGUGUUUCUGUGGCACACAACUCCAUGAAGGUGAAGGAGGAGGAGGCACCGUCGAGCCCAAAGAUUACAUCGCCCUUAUCUUCAUCAUCCUCGCGUGGGGGCAACAUGUGCGGCGUUGGCGUGCCCGCCAAAAUGACCAAACUGUCAGUGGGUUUUGACUUCAAGCAGCUCUUCUGCAAACUGUGCAAGCGACAGUUCAGCUCACGUCAGAACUUAACAAAGCACAUUGAGCUGCACACGGAUGGCAACGACAUCUUCAUUAAGUUCUACCGCUGCCCCCUCUGUCGCUACGAGUCACGUCGCAAACGUGACGUCCUGCGUCAUGUGACUGUGGUCCACAAGAAAUCAUCUGCAUACUUAGCCAAGAUCAUGCCCAAACUGGAGAGCCGGGCGGUGAAGAGGCUAGCUGAGGUAGUACUCAACAGUACGAACCCUAACAAGAGGACAAGUGGCAACAUCAAAGAGGAAGUGAACGGACGUCACGUUUCUUCGUCGUCGUCCUCCUCUCCUUCACCUCCCGUCACUCGCAAACAAGAGUGCUCCACAGCUCCCCCAGCCACCACAUCAGCCUCCUCCUCUUCCUCUGCCCCGCCAACUGCCCCCGUCACUCGGAAACAGCAGGACCUCUCAUCGCCAGCAUUCACCCCGUCCCCUCCUGUCACCCGUAAGCAAGAGAGACAGCAAACCCACCAACAUCGCCCCAUCAGCCCCCCACUGACCCGCCGCAGUGAAAAACACACACACCAACGCAACUCCUCCUCCACCACCUCGCCCAGCAACCAAACCCCACACACCCGACGACACGACGUCCAGUCGGAGAGCAGUGGUACAGGGUCGUCCUCCACUGAAGUCAGAGUGACCAAGAAUUUCUCCCUCCACGCCUGCGACCAGUGUGGACGGGCCUUUGCAAAGAAGCUGUACCUAGAGUCUCAUAAGCGAAGUCAUCGUAAUGCAGCAACGGCAGCAGCCAACAGGAGGAAAGGAGUCAGCACCCGCUCCAAAUCCCUGGUCUGGUGAAACACACACACUUCCGCCAGGGAUAAUGGAUAAGCAAGCCGCUAACAACGAAGCGAAUCAAAAGUUUCAAUUGGAAAAAUAAUGGACGAAUGGAACGAGUGCAGAGGGGAGAUGAAGGAAACAAAGAAAAGGAACAACGGAGCAUGAUGGAGGAGUGAAGUACAAAGGAUUUCUUCCUUUUGCUUUAGAACCAAAUAUAUUGUUGGAAUCUGACAUUUUUCUGUAUAGUUUGAUUAUGAAGCCAGACAGCUUGCUGGACGGUGGUGCUGCUAUCGAUGGAGAGACUGUAGUGAAUAGCAGAUUCACUACUACUGUGUAUAUAUCCGUAUUUACUUACAACAGUGUGUAAAUAUAGAUCCAAAUACAGAUGACUGAUUUGUACUGCUUUGCUCUCUGUCAACAGCCUUUAGCAAAAGGAUGAAGGUAGACUAUGAAAGUGUGUGUGUGUGUGUGUGUGUAAGAAAGAGGGAGGGAAUAAGAACUGGAUUGUGGUCUUCACAGAAAAUAGACUGGAAACAAACUGUUGAUUUUUUAAUUUAUUUUUUGGGAGAAAGCAGAACUUGAUUUGACCCUUUCAGUCCUGCACAGAUACACAAAACCUAUUUGGGUUCUUGGCUGUUAGCAUUUUAAAUCCAUUCAUCUUCAACUUUUAUAUUGAAGAUGAAUGAAUGUAUAUUCACCCCUUAUAUAGUGUGUUGAGGAUGUUAACAAUUUGAUAUAUUCAAGACCACUUGCUCAACAUUACGACAGAUCAACAGAAAAUACAUUUUCACCCCCUACUUUUCCCUUCCCCUUCAUUUCCCUGACAUUUUCCCACUGACAACUGGAGGACUGUUGUGUCCUGCUGUCUAACAGAGAGAAAAGCCGCACCCAAAGUGGUUCUACUGCAAGUCUUCAGAAGGCUAGCUCCUUGCCUUAGAGUUGAAAAUUACCUUUAUCUUCUCAUGCAAAUGUUGCUACUGAGAGACAAACGGAUCAGAAUUCCAGUUGUAAUAUUCUUCAUGCAAGCGUUCCAUAGUCUGAUUUAAUAACCAGUUGGAUCUGCUUUGCAGGGACCAAGAGCAGCUGGAGUCUUGUAUUAGAGGAUGAAAUACUCAUUAAUCACAGGGUAUGGUCAAAGUAAGGGAAAACCCAAAGUGUGUUUUGCAGUUUUCCUUGAAAAUUGUCUGUGCUUAUUUUUUAAAAACCUCUUCUAUCAAUUUCAAAGUGAUCAAUUGUGUUUUCUUACAUAUUACUAUUAUGUUUUGUUGGACUGCCUGCGGAAAAACAUUUGUGAAGGGUGUUUCCUUUACUUUGACUGUACCCUGUAUAGCCUCCAUAUAUUAGCUAACAUAUUAGUCCCAGUAAUAGCCUGAUGGUUCUCUUAUAACCAGACUAUGUGAAGCAAGGCUUCAAUAAGACAUCCGUCUGAACUGAGGGAGUUAUGUUCUGAAUUGAGUCAACAAUUUAGGGAAAAUGUGACACCGUCAAAAUAACAAAAAUCCCACAAAUGACAUAAUUAUGAUGAUAUGAAACAAUACAAGGUGAUACAAUGAUAAUAUAACACUUUUACGGAUGCUUAAUAAAUAUUAAAUCCAAUUGGCUUUAGAUUAAUUUGCUUUCAAAUAUGGGUUAUUUUUGAAUAUAACAGCUCAGUUCGACUGUUAACUCUAAGGUGUGCUACCACAGGCAAAACAUUCAGACUAUCAAAUUAACACCAUUAUUACCCCCUAUAUGUUAAAUCACUUAUGUUAAUGUGUGAGAAUCAAAUUUACAGUGAGCAGGAAAGCGAGGGCUGCACUUACUGUUAUGGAGUAAUGCGUGUUUGAACUCAUAGUUUUGCAGACAGGUUGCCUUUGGUGUUACACUAACAGCCGCACUGCUUUUAGAUAUUAGAAACCAUUAACUGGAAGACUUUAUUUUCUAUGUUCAGUGAAAUAUCGUUGACCACCGUCAUCUUGCUUGCCACUAAGCAAACAGCCGACCCUAGGCCACUUCAGAAAUCAGUCCUCAGACCCAGACUGGCAACUUGUCUCAACUGUAGUGCCUGAGCAGCAGGUGUAACAGGUUUGAAUUGACACCAGCUGUUGGGAAUCUACCGUUUGUGGUGCUAGUUCAGAUUAUAAGAGGCCAAAAUGUGGGAGCUGUAAAGAUGGGGGGGGGGCUACGUGCCCUGGUAAGCUAAACAGUUAAAUUCUCCAAACUUAAAAGUUUACAUUACCUUUUCGUUCCAUUAACAAACAAUGCAGGGGUUCAUUCGAAUAAACUUUGUCAACUUUUCUUUUUAACCUUACCUUAUAUAAUCUCAAUUUUUGAGUGUGUGCUGCAUCAGUUCCAUUCAAAAUAUGCUUUCAUGUACUCAAACUUAAGGGGGCUGCAUUUGUUUAACAGCACCCAGAGGUAGUCUUUGAAACACUGGCACAUGAGUUGGGAGGAAAUGAUUGAGGAAGACCAAAUGUGGAAAUGUCUUAAUGUUCAAACAGAAAGCCAUGAAAUGGAACAAAAACCAGAAAAAAGGAAAGACCAAACUUUAUUUUUCUAACUGAAAACGCUACCGCAACAAGGUCUUGAAAACGUAUAUAUGGAUUCAUCCUACAAGGAUGGUAUAAAUAAUAGUUAUAAUAGUCACAAUAGUUAUUGACUUGUACUUAACUGUUGGUUGACCAUAUGCUUCAAACAUGUCGGACUAGUUACUACUCUGUCACUGUUUAAUACUGAGGCAAGUUUGUGUUGUUCCACAAUUAGCUGUCUUUUUUUGUAUGUCAUUCCUUUAUGAAGGAGGUUUUUGUUGGAAUGUGUCAAGAAGAGAACGGGAAUCAAACCUCAAGAGACUCUUAGGACUUUUCUUUUUUCUAAUUCUUGUAAUUUCUUUCAUCAUCAGUUGUAAUAUGCUAUUAAACUCACCUUCUAGAUAACCUGAGAAGAGUUAGAGAAGCCUUUCAGAUGUGACAAGAAUGUUAAAACCAACCACUUAAUAAAUAAAAAUGUACUGCUUCAAACCUCA